UGGACAGAGUGGCUUUGUAUGCAGAACAUCACCGGACACCAACGGGAGGGACGCUGUCAGUUGUUCUCUGUGUGUGUCUGUAGUGAAACCAGACCUACCUCUGAUCCCUGCGCCACACACACUCCUCCAUCUGCUGCCUUCUGCUUCCUCUGGACUGAAACCCCUCUGAGAGUGUUUGAAUGUGUGUGAGAGUCUGGCCGAGCUGAUUCCCGGAGGUCAGGAGGAGGCUGUGAUGUGGAACUUGUGGGAUUAAACUUUCUGGAGGCUCGGCAGUGACAGCGAUGGAUUGGAGCCAGGAGACGGGAAGUUCAGACUCUUGAUUGACUGGAGGAUCCCAGAGGAGGAUUUGCAAAGCUCCACUAAAACCACCCCGUCUUCUUCUUUUAGCCGAAUCUUCUGUAUUUCUGCGUCUGGACAUUGUCCACGACCUUGCGUAGAGUGUGUGAGCAGCCCAUGUGGGCAGCGAGUGAUGCGGAUCUGAGAAAACUCCACGCCCCGAUGCCCGCUGCUAUGCUCCCGUGCCCUGCGCCAGCCGGGUCCGACUGGAGCUUCCAGAACCCGGUGGGGGUGGACUGCAGCUCCCCUGAACCUCGCUGCAUCUGGCUGGCAGUGCUCCGCAGUGCCACAGGUUCAGUGCCGCCACCCGCACCGCCUGCCAUGCCCACUGGGCACAGCAAGAGCUCUCACCAGCCCAGGGGUAAGGGGCGGAGGGAUGGUCUCUCCUCAACCGGUGACAACCCUCGGCCGCCGAUGGCGACCCGGCCGGGAAGGGAGGGGGUCGGCAUGGGCUGGAAGGGUCCCCGGACGCUGGUCCUCCAUAAGAACUCCCAGGGUUUCGGCUUCACGCUACGCCAUUUCAUCGUUUACCCCCCAGAGUCCGCCCUGCACACCAACCUCAAGGAUGAGGAGAACGGCAACGGAAAGGGGUAUCAGAAAGGUCGUCUGGAGCCGAUGGACACCAUAUUUGUGAAGAGUGUGAGAGAAAAAGGUCCGGCCCACCAGGCGGGCUUGUGCACAGGGGAUCGGCUGGUGAAAGUGAACGGAGAGAGUGUUUUAGGAAAGACGUACUCGCAGGUGAUAGCCCUUAUUCAGAACAGUGAAAGUGUUUUGGAGCUCUCCAUUAUGCCAAAAGAUGAAGACGUGCUUCAGUUGGCAUACUCCCAGGAUGCCUACCUGACAGGCAACGAACCCUACACAGGGGGAGCUGAGUACCUCCCACCACCGCCUCCUAUCUGUUACCCACACACGAAGGCCACGCCCCCUGCUGGAGCCCCUCCACCUCCCCCCAUGGGCCAGAACCAGCUGGAUAACUGGAGUCGCUGGGCAGGCUCUUCCAGCCCCUCUUCACCCCUGGACAACCGCUCUGCUGUGUGCAGCCCCGCCAGCUGGCAGGAAGGACGUGCAGGAGAGCCAGGUGGUGUGGGUCACAGCAGCCCGGCCCACCGCACAGAGGAGAUCCAGUACGGUAUGACCGGCCAACAGCCUCAGGGCCAGACAAGAGGGCGCUCCUACUCUUCCUCUUCCUCAUCAGGAGGCCCUUUGUCCAGCCCGCUGCAAGUCCACUACCCUAACCACCAUGCUGCCAGUUCCUCUCAGGCUCAGCCACGCAAGUCCAGCUCAGCCUGGACCAGUCCCCCCCUGCCCCAGCUAAGCCACGGCCGCAACGAGCGCUGCCAGCAGGCCCUUUCUGACUGGUACUACAACCAGCAGCCGGAGCGCCCGGGACGCAACAUGCAGACCCGCCACCGCAGCUACUCUCAGGAUCGGCUCAUUGACUCAAGGAGGCAGCAGCAGCGGGCAGGCGGCUGGCCGCACAGUGCCUCCCAGGACACCCUGCUGUUACUACAACAGUCAGGACCAGGACCCCAUGGAGAGCCGUACUGGUCCUAUGGAGACUGGGAGGGGGGCCCGGGAAGGGGCCACCCUGCCACUAACUAUACGCGAACACGCUCUGAAAACCUGCUGGCCCAGUACGAUCGCCAUGGCCGCUCGUUAGAGAUGCUAGACCGAGCAGCAGCUGGACUGGUCUCGCCUCGGUUUGAGCGGCCUCCAUGGCACCAGCAGGCUCCCAAGCCGCCCCCGAGGCCUGAUGCCUACCCGAGGCAAGGGAGCCAUCAUGGUGCGGCACAAGCUCCUCCGGUGUCCCGACACGCACAGUCACAUUCUAAACACCACCCUCAGACUCAUACCCAGGCCCACUCCCAGCCUCAGCCCCAGCAGGCUGCCCCUCAGAGCAGGCGGCUCCCACCUGGGCAGAGCAUGGACGACCAGCCGGUGGGCUACCGCAGCUACAGCCCCUCUUUUUACCGCAAGACGGGCCGCAUCAUGCAGCAAGCCCACUCUUUCAGGGACCCUUCGUACUCUGGCCCUCACAUGAACUGGAACACACCUAAAACCAGCCCCCCAGAGGGCACAAUGGCACCUCUCACUGCCUCUGCCUCGUCCCCUCUCGCCUCCGCCACUCCCGAAUCCCAGGACAGAGCGUACAGGCCAACAAACCACGAGAGGGAACGAGGGUCAGUGGAGGGGCAGGCAGAGGUGGCAGCACAGACCCAGGAAGUGGUGCUGAGGCAGAAACCUCCCACUGGGCGAAGGAACGCCCACGGCAUGCGCCACCCCCACUAUGCGCUGCCCUUGGAUGGGCUAGAACCCUCUUUGUUUUCUCCUGAUCCCCAGGACUCAGCUCCUGCCCCUGGUUCCAUGGGAGAUGUAGCCCCACGUAAACCAAACGGCAACCUGGCCCCCCUCCCCAUAGAGGAUGAUUCACUGGCCUCCAUCCCCUUCAUAGAUGAGCCGACCAGCCCCGGCGCUGAUUUGCGCGCACGCCACGUGCCGGCGUCCUCCGUGGUGUCCAGCGGCAUGAAUUCGGCGCCCGCCGUGGUCACCAGCCCCGCCUCCCCCACCUUCACCUUCCCCCUCACUAGGCUCUUCUCACAUGACUGCAGCAGUAUUAAAUCCGGUCGCCGUUCCUCCUAUCUUCUAGCCAUCACCACCGAACGCUCCAAGUCGUGUGACGAGGGACUCAACACAUUCAGAGAGGAAGGCAGAGUCUUCUCGAGGCUACCAAAGAGAGUGAAGAGUUUCUUCACAGAUGGGUCUCUGGACAACCUCGGGACAGCAGAGGAGGUUCGAUCUAAACGCCAUUCCACCUCAGAGCUGGGAAACAUCACUUACAGCGACGUACGGCGAGAAGGAUGGCUGCACUUCAAACAGAUCCUUACAGAGAAGGGCAAGAAGGUGGGCAGCGGCAUGCGUCCAUGGAAGCGAGUCUUCUCAGUGCUUCGCUCCCAUUCGCUGUUCCUCUACAAGGACAAGAGGGAGGCGGUACUCCGCGGGGCCACGAUUGGAGGCGCGGCUGAGGACGAGCAGCCAAUCAGCAUCCGGGGCUGCCUGGUGGAUAUUGCGUACAGUGAGACCAAACGGAAGCAUGCGCUGCGGCUGACCACCCAGGACUUCUGCGAGUACCUGCUGCAGGCGGAGGACCGUGAGGACAUGCUGGACUGGAUCAAGGUCAUCAGGGAGAACAGCAAGACGGACAGCGAGGAGCUCGGCUUCUCCAGACAGGCCCUCAUCAAUAAGAAACUGAAUGAUUACAGGAAACAGAGUCCAACAGGCAGCAAGCCCGACUCCUCUCCCAGAAUGCCCCGCAUGAAGCCUCCCUUCCUGCUUGCCAAGACAGAAAAUGCAGCAGGGGCACCACGCUCUCCAAAACCAGAGGGCAAAGAUGAGAGCGGCCCUCCGAAGUCUCCGUGGGGAAUCAACAUCAUGAAGAAGGCAAAGAAGGCCGGGCCGAAAGCUUUUGGUGUGAGGUUGGAGGAUUGUCAGCCGGGAGUGAACAACAAGUUCAUCCCGUUGAUCGUGGAGAUCUGCUGCGGCCUGGUGGAGGACAUGGGUCUGGAGUACACGGGAAUCUACAGAGUCCCCGGGAACAAUGCUAUGGUAUCAAUGCUCCAGGAUCAGCUCAACAAGGGUGUCGACAUCAACCCUGCAGAGGAGAAGUGGCAAGACCUCAAUGUUGUCAGCAGUUUACUCAAAUCCUUCUUCAGGAAACUUCCAGAGCCUCUUUUCACCAACGACAAGUACAACGACUUCAUUGACGCCAAUCGGAUGGAAAGUGCAUCAGAACGACUAAAAACCAUGAAGAAACUAAUUCGAGACCUCCCAGAUUAUUAUUACCACACUCUGAAGUUCCUUGUUGUUCACCUGAAGACUGUAGCCGACAACUCCGAUAAAAACAAGAUGGAGCCUCGUAACCUGGCUCUGGUGUUUGGGCCAACUCUCGUUCGGACGUCUGAGGACAACAUGAAAGAUAUGGUCACACACAUGCCCGACCGCUACAAGAUAGUAGAGACGCUCAUCCAACAUUGCAACUGGUUUUUCACUGAAGAGCAAGACAAGGAUGAAAAGACGCCGGUGGACACGGAGGACGUGCAACCUGCCCCCAACAUUGACCACCUGCUGUCCAACAUCGGCAGGACCGCUCUGCUCGGGGAGGCCUCAGACUCAACCAACAGUGACUCAGCUAAAUCAAAGGGGUCGUGGGGGUCAAAGAAAGACAUCACACCCAAGGACUUCCUGGCUCUGUCCAUCAUGUCAGCUGUUACGGGCCGCAAACGCAGAAAGCGCCACAACGCCCGCCGCGUGGGCAGCAGCACCGACGACGACUCCGAGCACGAGCCAAUCAAAGCCGGACAUUUAGGGGCAGAGGAGGAAGAGGAGGCAGAGUCGCCCGUAGGAGACACUGCUCCUCGAGCAGAGGGAGAGGAGGACGACGACGAAGAUGAAGAGGAAGAGGAGGAAGAGGAAGAGGAAGACGAGGAAGUUGUUGAGAGCAGAGCGAAAGAGGAGGUAGAAGAGGAGGCAGUGGCGGUUAUUCCCAGUGGUGGUCGGCCGCGCUGUAAAGAGGAAGAGGAGGCAGGAGAAGGGCAGGCAGCCAUGUUGUUGCAUGAGGAGGAGGCGCAGGCGGAGGUGAAGGGGCCGACGUGGAGAGCUCCAGAGGAUGCUCGCUCCAUUGUUUCUGGUUACUCCACCCUCUCCACGUUAGGGCGGAGCCUGGGGUCAGAAGGGAGGGGGGAUGAUGCUGAUGAUGAGCACAGCGAGCUGGUGAGUGAGACAGACAAUGAGAGUGGCUUCGCCUCGCGCUCCCUCACGCAGGAACGACCUGAUAAACACCCAACAUCACCUGUGAACACACAACAGCCAGCAGCCCCACGCAGCUUCCUCUACACACACUACAAACCCCCCAUACUCUCACCUACAAACCUGCUAGCCCCACCCACAGCACUCACACACACGCCAGACUCUGCAGACAGGAGCGAAGGAGGGGCGAGGUCCACCACGCCCUCAUCCUCCUCCUUCUCGUCCUCCUCCACUACUCACAGACUGCAUUCACGGCCUUCCUUCAACUCCCACAAGCUGAUCCAGUGUGACACCCUGGCCAGGAAGAAGCUGAAGUCGGAGAAGGGCAAGGCUCGCUCCCUGGACCUGAUGGAGCUGUCUGGGGCCGCGGCUGAGGCUGAUGGCGCUGGUUCUGGCUCAGACGGUGCACACAGAGUGAGGCGGGAGACCUCCAGAACCAACCCCUCCUCCGGCAGCAGCCAGGAGAGCCUGCGCCUGAGCCGGCCCAAGCCCUCCUUGCCACCCAGCGAGGCCGCCUCCUUCACCCCGACCGGCCCUGGCGGCAGGUCUCUGGCGGAGCAGGUCCGCGCUCGUCUGCUGGGCUCGGCCGAUGACCUGCGCAGCGUGGGACUACGAAAACCGCUGUCCCCGGAGACACGGAGGAAGAGACGGGCCUGGCGCAGACACACCGUGGUGGCCUCCCCAACUGAGGUCUCUGACAAGAGACCCCCGCUGACUGUCACUGAGUUCCCCCUGUCUCCUAUCGCUCAGAACCAGGUCAAACCACCAGGGCAGCCUCGGGAUGCAGACGGGCUCGACCAAGGAGCAGCGACACGUCAAGCACCCACCUCUAGAUUCCACGAGUACCUGUGAGCCCUGCCAGCUGACCCCACGCUUCAGCAAGAGAGGCUUCUGUAGGGGGGUCCAGGCUGAGCCGCUGACUCCCUGCAGGUCAGUAGACCGGCAGCAGCGUAAACAGGGUCGUGGUUAGUUGCCAGGUGCAACACAGUGUACCAAUGACCAGGUCUGUUAGUGCAGCCCACCCUUUUGUUUUGCUCCAUUUGCAUGGCGAGGGGCAUUCCAGUGUUGCCAAAGGUUUUUUUUUCUCCUAUAUGUGUGCUUUUAUAGAAAUAAUACAGCGACAGACACAAACAGACCUCAUCACAGUCGAUGUUACAGCCAAGAAUUCUCAUUAGAGCAAAAACCGAGCAUCCUCCCCAUCUUCUCGACCCUCCUGCUCACAGACGACAUAAAUUAAAGGGUUAAAUCCCUUCAAGUGACCAGAGCAGGAUGCUGAAAUGCAGCGUCCCUCUGGUUCUUGAGAGAAUGGUGCUUCUUAUCAAAGUAACUUCACAGUAACUAUUACAAAUGUUCUCUGAACCUACUUCAGUGAGCCAGAGGAGACCAUCACACACACUUCGAUUCACAAAAAUCUUAUUGGUCAGUUUAAAACCAUUUCAAGAGGGAUCUCAGCUGAUUGGUCAUAUCAGUCUUCCUGAUCUGUUCCUCAAACCACAGACACUGUAAUAAACAGCACACACAGUCGGCGACGGAUACACGAAACACAGUCGUCUCUCUCUACUUGUUAAUGUUUGUGUGUUUGCGCAACAAUAUUUGUGACCAUGUCCAUGUGUGCAGGUGUUUGUGUUGAACGAUUUUUUGUAACAUUUGUACAAAGCCUUGUUAAGUUAACCUUGUAAAUAUAAAUAUUAUGUUAUCAUAUUUGUUUUUACUUUUUUUUUAGUUCCUUUUUUUAUGGUUUACAAAAAGUGCGUACAAGUGCACAGUCAUUUCUUUCAAGACGUUACUUGAAAUGUUUCCCUUAAUAUAUUCUUUUUUGUUGUUGUUUUAUAUUCAAUAUAUAUAUUAUAUAUAUUUUGUAUUAAAGUUAAAAAAAAAAGUACUUUUAUUGUGAUUUCACCUCUUGGGUGUACCUGUUCACAGGAGACAAGAUAAACAUGACUUGACCUGUUCCUUAUUUCCUCAUAGAUGGCCUUUCUCUCUGAUUCUCAGCACUGUGCAGAAAACCUUUAUCUCACCAGACGCAGUCUUAGAAAUGCACUUCUCUGGUGACUCGACUUUCAGCAGUGUUGCAUCAACGCGUGCACAAACUAUCUAGCAACGACAUGUAGCAGGAGAAUAAAUCUGGUAAUCAUUACAUUAUAUUGGGCAGUUUGCAGGCAGCUCAGCGCCACACUGUGAUGGCUGACCUCAUUUGUUUUGUUAUUCAUGUCUGAGAUUACAGAGCAUUGCCACAGAUCUGCUCAUAUUUACCGAGCUCAAGACAAACUAUGUCCCUUCUCGUCAAAGAGAAGCCAGACAGUGUUUAACAGACUGUUGAAUUAUUGUGCCGCGCAUACGAACGGCUGCAUUUUUCACCUCAGCUGGUGGUGAUCUUUGUGCUUUCAUCACAUCCCCUCUGAGGGUUCAUCUGUCGGCACGUUUGUUACCUUGGGGUUACACAAGGAGGAGUUUUCCAUACGGUCAGGCUGUAAUAAAUCCUGCCUGACUGCAGAAAUGGUACAUUAGAGGAAACUGAAUGAAUCUAUUGUUUUCAUCUCCACAUUACAAAAUAAACAGGAGCCGCAACUUCCAAAAGUCAUGAGGCUUGUUUUCAUCUGACCAAAUAACCCCGGUGAAAAAUAAUAAUAAUAAUAUGAAUAAUAAUAAAUGAUGAGUUAUAGUCUUGUCUUACCUCAAGAUUUUUUCUACAAGUGCCUGAUUUCUGGAAUGUGUUUUUGUUCUGCAGUGCCAUGGUCGGUUCUUAUCUUUCCGUUUCCUUUUGUUGUUUCUGGGUCUCCGCCCUCCUCUCUUGUGGUUGACGGUAUAACUGAGGCACUGACCCAAAGAUGUGUACAUUUAUUACAAGCGGUCUAACUGAGAGGCUGUAAAAAGGAAAAAAAAAAAAAAAGAAGAA